AUGGAACAAAAAGAUUGUUUAAAAGUUAAAUCAAAAGUUGUGAGGCGCAUCUCAGACGUUUCUGCUGACACCGUGUCAUUAGAUGCGCGAAGAAAGAUUAAAUAUGGUGGUCCAUUGACAGCUGUGUGGGGAAUGUUUGUGGAAUUUUCUGGAAAUACUUCAAUUCAUGGCUUGCAGUAUCUUGGAGAGAGACGACGUCAUUGGGUUGAGCGUGUUUUUUGGGUGGUUGCGUUGGUUAUUUCUGUCAUUGGAUGUUCGAUUAUGAUUAACAGAGUUUACAAAAAAUGGAAUACGAGUCCAGUCAUUGUAAGCUUCGCUGAAAAAUCCACGCCAGUUUGGCAAAUUCCAUUCCCUGCUGUCACAAUUUGCCCUGAAACAAAAGCAUUAAAAAAACACAUCGACUUUACUGAAGGCUUCACAAUGAAGCUUCACAACAAUACUGAUAAUCUAACAAUUGAUCAAUUGAAAAACUUGGAAGCUGUAGCACAAAUUUGUGACCCACAUUUAUUGAAAGAUCUGCCAAUAAAUAGUGGAUUAGAAGCAAAUGAAAUCGUCCCUUUGUUGAAGUCAAUUACAAUGCCAUUAAAUGAGACAACUUUGUUCUGCAAAUGGAGGAACACUGUGCUGCCAUGUACAGAUUAUUUCACUGAAAUAUUAACCGAAGAAGGAUUUUGUUACACUUUUAAUAUUUUGGAUGCUUCGGAAUUAUUCAAGGAAGACGUAUUAGCUGAUGACUUCAAAUAUCAGAAGCACAACAUAUCUUCUGAUGAGUGGACUCUUGAAGAUGGAUAUUCAACAUUCAGUCCCACAACUUAUCCCAGACGAGUUCUUGGGUCGGGAUCAAGAGCUGGUCUUAACAUUGUUCUAAAGCUCACAGAACCUGAUCUCGAUUACAUCUGUCGAGGACCAGUGCAAGGUUUCAAAAUUCUUCUGCACACACCCGGAGAAAUCCCGCGAGUUUCGAAACAGUAUUUUCGUGUUCCAUUAAGUCAGGAAGUCGUCGUCAGUGUUAAACCGAAUAUGAUUACGACUUCUGAGGGCUUGGCUGAUUACGCUCCUGAGAGACGUCAAUGUUUUUUUAACGAUGAACGACACUUAAAGUUUUUUAGAGUCUACACGCAAAGUAACUGCGAAUUGGAAUGUCUGGCAAACUUCACUUUAGAUCAAUGCAAAUGCGUGAAAUUUUCCAUGCCUCGUGACACUGAAACAAGAAUUUGCACUCAGUCAGAAGUUUCUUGUUAUGACUCUGCAGAAGACAAUUUGAUGAAACUUGAAUUCACUCAGAGCUUAACGUCAGGUUCGGGUGUUAAUAAACUGGGGCAAACUUCUUGUAAUUGUCUACCUUCAUGCACUUCAAUCGUCUACGAUGCUGAAAUUUCCCAAGCUGAUUUUGAAUUCGAAAAGAUGUUCAAUUCAUAUGCGGAAGAUUAUUUGGAUGAACUUCCUGGCGCUAUUCUAGCGAGAUUGACAAUCUUCUUCAAAGAAGCGCAAUUCAUCACAUCAAAGAGAUCAGAACUUUAUGGUUUGAGUGAGUUUAUGGCAAAUUGUGGAGGUUUGUUAGGUCUCUUCAUGGGUGUCUCAAUUUUAUCAUUAAUGGAAAUUGUUUACUACAUCACUCUAAGAUUAUCUUGCAAUUUAAAUAAUCGACGACAAAAGCGAAUUCGUGAAAGAAAACAAAAAAUGUCGAUGCUUUCUGUUGAACCACCAGCCCAACGCCGUCUUUCUGUCUUAUCAAUGGCAAGUGAAGCUGGUUCUGAGAAUGAACAUAGAAGAAAAAUUAAAUACGGUGGCCCAUUGGCUGCUGCUUGGGGGAUGUUUGCAGAUUUUUCCAACAAUAGCACAAUUCAUGGAGUACAAUAUUUUGCCGAAAAACGUCGUCAUUGGACUGAACGAGCUUUCUGGGUCAUUGCAUUUCUGGUAUCCGUCAUUGGAUGUUCGAUUUUGAUUCAUAAAAUCUACGAAAAAUGGCAACUUAGCCCAGUGAUUGUAAGUUUCGCUGAAAAAUCUACACCAGUUUGGCAAAUUCCUUUUCCUGCUGUCACAAUUUGUCCUGAAACUAAAGCAAUGGUUCAACAUGUUGACUUUACUAAAGGAUAUCGAAGCAUUCAUUGGGGUGAACGAGAUAAUCUGACAGAAUUUGAAUUGAGAGGCUUGGAAGCAGUAGCACAAAUUUGUGAUCCGCAUUUAUUCACCAACAUAUCAAUCGACAGUGGAUUGAAAGUAAAUGAAAUCGUCCCUUUGUUGAAGUCAAUUACAAUGUCAUUAAAUGAGACAACUUUGUUCUGCAAAUGGAGGAACACUGUGCUGCCAUGUACAGAUUAUUUCACUGAAAUAUUAACCGAAGAAGGAUUUUGUUACACUUUCAAUGUGUUGGAUGCUUCGGAAUUAUUCAAGGAAGACGUUUUGGCUGAUGACUUCAAAUAUCAGAAGCACAACAUAUCUUCUGAUAAGUGGACUCUUGAAGAUGGAUAUUCAACAAUCGACCCUUCAACUUAUCCCAGACGAGUUCUUGGACCUGGAGCUAGAGCUGGUCUUAACAUUGUUCUAAAGCUCACAGAACCUGAUCUCGAUUACAUCUGUCGAGGACCAGUGCAAGGUUUCAAAAUUCUUCUGCACACACCUGGAGAAAUCCCGCGAGUUUCGAAACAAUAUUUUCGUGUUCCAUUACGUCAGGAAGUCGUCGUCAGUGUUAAACCGAAUAUGAUUACGACUUCUGAAGGCUUGGCUGAUUACGCUCCUGAGAGACGUCAGUGCUAUUUCAAUAACGAACGUAAUUUGAAAUUUUUCAAGGUCUACACGCAAAGUAACUGCGAAUUGGAAUGUCUCGCUAAUUUUACGUUAGGAAAAUGUGGUUGCGUGAAAUUUUCCAUGCCUCGUGACACUGAAACAAGAAUUUGCACUCAAACAGAAGUUUUUUGUUAUGACUCUGCAGAAGACGAUUUAAUGGAAACUGAACUCACUCAGAGUUUGAAGUCAGGUUCGGGUGUUAAUAAAUUUGGAAAAACUUCUUGUAAUUGUCUACCUUCAUGCACUUCUAUCAAUUACGAUGCUGAAAUUUCUCAAGCUGAUUAUGAAUACGUCAAAGUUUUCAAUGCUUAUGGUGGUGAUUUAAACGAGUUUCCUGGUGCAAUUCUAGCGAGAUUGACAAUCUUCUUCAAAGAAGCGCAAUUCAUCACAUCAAAGAGAUCGGAACUUUAUGGUUUGACAGAUUUCAUGGCAAAUUGUGGUGGUUUGCUGGAACCAGGCUUUUUUCGGUAUUCUUCAUGUCUGUUUGAUUGUGAAAACAUUAAAAGUUUGAGUGGAAAAAUGAUUUUGAGAAUAAUUGUGAUGAGUUUUGGUUUUUUGCUGGUUGCAAGCAAAGUUUCUUUGCCGUCAAUUUCGCAGUUUGCUGAUGAUAUCGAUGGAAUAAGUUACCGACUACCAAACGAAACGAUUCCAUUGGAAUAUGACUUGCAAUUAACGACAGAAAUUCAUAGUGGCGAAAAAAGAUUUACGGGAACUGUGAAAAUUACAUUAAAAGUUAUAGAAGCUACUUCGAAGAUUACGCUUCAUAUGCGUCAGUUGACGGUGGAAAAUAUUACUUUAACCCCUUCUGAUUCCUUAACAAAAGUUUCUAUUGACUGGGAUAACGUGACAGCCACUGAAUUUCUUAUUAUUACAGCAAGUGAAACGUUAGUUGUAAAUGAUGAUUAUAAUCUUGAAAUUGAUUAUUUUGGAUUUUUGAGAGAUGACAACAUGGGAUUUUAUCGAUCAUCAUACAAAGAUUCAUCGGGACAAACAGUUUGGCUAGCAGCAACACAAUUUGAAGAAACAGACGCUCGUCAUGCCUUUCCGUGUUAUGACGAACCACAAUUUAGAACACCGUUUAGAAUAAAAAUUAAACAUCAUUCUGAUUAUAGUGCGAUCUCGAAUAUGCCUGGUGACACUUUUGUCGAAAAAGAACCGCCAAACUCAAUCACAACUUUUGAAGAAACUCCAGAUGUUCAAACUUAUUUAAUCGCUUUCAUUGUUGCAAAGUUUGAAAGUGUUUCUAACGAUGAUGUUAAUACAAUUCAAAAUGUUUUUGCAAGACCAGAAUCGAUCGAUAACAACGAAGCAGAUUUUGCUCUAGAAGUUGGCACGAAAGUUUUAGAAAAGUUCAAAGAACAUUUUGAAGUCGAUUAUUCCUUGCCAAAAUUGGAUCAAGUCGCGUUGCCAGAUUUAAAUGGAGGUGCAAUGGAGAAUUGGGGUUUAGUCACAUAUCGUGAAGAAUAUUUGCUUCUUAAUCCAUCAACUGCCACUACAAGACAACGAGAAAAUAUUCUGACGGUCAUUUCUCAUGAAUAUGCUCAUCAAUGGUUUGGCAAUCAUGUCGCACCUAAAUGGUGGAGUUAUUUAUGGCUGAAUGAAGGGUUUGCCACGCUUUAUGGGAACUUUAUGGCCAAUUUGGUUUAUCCAGAAGACCGUCUUAUGGACACAUUCGUUGUUGAUGUUGUUCAAACUGUACUUGAAGUUGACGCAAGCACAACAAUUAGACCGAUGACAUUUUACGUUGAGAAUCCAGAUCGUAUCAAAGCGUUGUUUGAUCGUGUUGGUUAUGAAAAAUCUGGAAGCGUACUGCGCAUGAUGCAAGUGGCGUUUGGUGACGACACUUUCACUAAAGGACUUCGUUAUUAUCUCAACGUAAAUAAAUUUAAAGCAGCAACAUCAGAUGAUCUUUACACUGGUCUGCAACGAUCAAUCGAUGAAGAUUAUUCACUGAAUGCUCCAAAUGUUGAAGCAAUUUUUAGAACUUGGGAAACUCAAUCUGGUUAUCCACUUGUGACUGUUACACGCAAUAACUUUGAAUCGUUGACGAUUAAGCAAGAACGAUUCUUUUACACGACAAAAGAAACUUCAGAUAAUCUUUGGUGGAUUCCAAUCAAUUAUGUCGUUCAAUCAAAUCCUGAUUUUACAAAUACAAAACCUGAUUUUUGGAUUGAAGGAACUGAAAGUUUACAACUAGCGAAUAAUGCAACAAAAAGCUGGCAAAACGACGAUUGGAUUAUUCUCAACAUUCAACAAACAAGUUAUUAUCGUGUUAAUUAUGAUAACGAUUUAUGGGAAUUAUUGAUACAACAAUUAAACGUCAAUCACACAGAAAUUCAUGUUUUAAAUCGUGCACAACUCAUUGAUGAUUCUUUGAAUUUAGCACGUGGUGGAAGAAUUUCAUACGAAAUACCAUUAAGAAUGUUAGAAUAUUUGGAGAACGAAAGCGAUUACAUCCCAUGGGCAUCUGCAUAUCGUGGAUUGAAUUUUCUGAACAGACUUCUGAAAGAUUCUCCAAUCUAUGAUGAUUACAAUAAUUUCGUUCAACGGAUCAUUUCACCACUUUACGAAAGAUUAUCAUUAAAUAUUGAUGAUAAAGAACAUAAAUUAGAUCGUUAUGCCAGGAAUGUUGCUGUGAAUUUAGCAUGUGAAGCUGGCCAUUCAAAAUGUCUGUCAGAAACAAAUGAAAGCUUCAUCGAUUUUAUAUUAAAAGCAGUUGAAAUUCAUCCUGACUUGAAAUCUUCAAUUUAUUGCAAUGGAUUAAAAACAAACGUCGUAAAUUCUUUUAACAAUAUGAAAAGAAAGCUUACAGAGUCGAAUGAUCAAGCAGAGAGAACUUUAAUUAUUGACGCAUUAAGUUGCAUUCAAAAUGAGAAUUUGUUGUACGAACACAUUUUAAAUUCUACUAAAUUUGGCAAUAAUUUUAGACUUCAUGAGAAAUCAAGAAUGGUAAUGUCACUACUGAAUAAUGGAGAAACAGCUCUUCUUGUACUGAUAAAAUUAAUUCGAAAUGAGUAUGAAACUUUAAUCUCAAUCUUAACUACAACUCAGUUUAGCACGAUGCUUUCAAGUAUUUCAUCACGUGUCACUUCUCAAAGUCUUAACAACGAGUUUAAUUCAGUGUUAAGUUACUUAGAAAGCAAUAAUUAUAUCACUGAAAAUAGUGUGAACUCAUACAGAGCUUCAGCUUUAGCUAAUAUUGAAUGGCAAGGAAACAAUUUUGAAUUCUUUAAACAAUGGUUUCAAGUUACUACUACAACUCUCCCGUCAGAUAUCACCGACGAGACAACUGAAGAAGGCGCAGGGUCCAUUAUGAUUUCAUUAGUACUGUUGACAUUAUGUUCUUUAAUCAAAUAUUUGCUUUGA